GGGUCCUCGAGGUAUAUGAAGCACCUUGAUGCAAUUGAAAUCAUCGAGUUCCCAUCGGGACACAUCAUGGAGUAUACGCAGAAAAUUCUUGUGGUGUUCGCCAUCGCCUUUUUGGGCUCCUUAUCUUUAAGUUCGGCGGCUUACAUUAAGAAAGAUCUCAAUUUUGCGAAGAACUUUGAGAAAAACUUCAACCUAGAAUUGCCACGGACUUUAUUACGCGAAAAAAGACAGAGCGAGCGUUUCGAUCUUUCUUUGACUGAGAAUAAUGCCGCGGAAUUGGAAGAUCUGUCUGAACUCGAGAAAGUCCAUGAUAGAAGAGCGGUCGCGGAAGAGAUCCAGGAAGCUAGUCUGAAGUUUGAGAAGAUUGAAGAGCAGGAGAAACGAAGCGCGCACAAAGAACACAAUGAUACUGAGGAAAAUACUCAGCAGGAUGAAGCAGUCCCGAAAAACGUGCACGACGUCAUCCGUGCAUUGUACAAUAAGAAGGAGGACUCGACCGAGGAAUUACAGCAGGAAUUACAAGAGAACUCCACCGAUCCUGAUGACUUCAACAAAUUAUUGAAACGUCAUUUGCAUCCAGGGGUAGUUGGCAAUAUCCUGGGAGCAAACUUCUUAGAGGAGAUUCCUUUGGAACAAUUGGAUAGCCAUUCCUGCAUGGUCGAAGCCUUCGACUACGGCCACUCGCACAAUUCCGGCUUGCUGACGCACGAGUUACUCUGCGAGGUGAGGAAAGUCCCCCAUUAUAUACGGGUCGGCAUGCGUAACUUGAAAUCCGAGCUCACCCUGGGACCUAUGAUCACCGAGGAGUUUGAAGGCGAUGUUCUCGGCAGCUUUCAUCGACACAUUCCGCAACUUUUCGAGGCCGUUAUCAAGGAGCCUCACCAUUUACUGAUCUUACCAGAGAUAAUUCGAGAUGUCGUGCCAUUCAAAAGCAUCUUCCGCGCUAUGCAUCGAAUCAAUACCGUUUUCUUCAAGGUGGUGCACUUUGUGCAUAACAUGAUAAGGGAACAUCUGUUCAAAAUCGCCGAAAACUUCCUGCUCCAUCACAAUUUGGGCUUGCAUUUUCUACGCAUUUUGCACCACUUUGGAAAAUUGCACUUAGUGGAGAGGGUACUUGGGUUGGCACUUCCGCACUUGGAAAACAUCAUCGCAAAGCCAAUUCUGUCCCCGGUGACCCUCCAUGAUGACGAGCUAUACACUCCAGAGUACCACCAUUCACUUAGAGAGGUAAUCGCUACCUUCCAAGGUGUUCACGACGGCUAUUUCGCUUCCGGAAUACACGAUCUGUUCAGGUCUGGCGUGAAGACCUUCUUUUCGGAAUCAACAAGGUCUACGAUGACCUCAUUUUUGUCGACGAUACCCUUUUUAAACAACUUCGUGCCGUAUUUGGACACCAUAACUACAAAAUUCUCCCCCGUCGACGUGAGUCCAGUGGUUAAUCCGAUAUUUGAAAAUUUCGCUCCAGUGGUGGCUCCAAUAAUAGAUGGCCUCAGUCCAGUAAUCAGUCCGUUUGGUUUAGGCUCAGUAGUAAACGCGGUAGAACCUGUUCCUAUCGAAACCGAAACCGUGCGUACGUCCGUGUCCAGCGAAUCUCGCGCGUCAUCCAUCGUCGAGGUCGCUCCAGAGGUCGCUCCAGUAAUAGAAAGUCCUGUAAUCAAUCCGUUAGUAGGUUAUUCAAUAAUAAAUCCGGUAACAUCAGUUUACCCCGUCGUAACCAAAGCAGUGGCGCCUUUCGCGUACAGCAAAGCUAGCGCGUCCAUUGUCGGUGCACCCAAUCUAGUAGUGAGUCCGGUAGUAGGAGGUCCAAUAAUAAGUUCCUUUGGUCAUCUAGGCUCCGUGAUAAGCCCGGAAGUUUACCCCACCGCAACUGAAGUGAUGUCUUCCGCGUCCGGCAUGGCUAAGACGUCGUCUAUUGUCGGUAGUCCAGACUUAGCUGGCACCCUAGCAUCCGAAACCGUGAGUUCCUCCACGUCCAGUUCUACGUCCAGCACUGUCGUUGAAGCGCAACCGGUGGUCGCUACCAAACCUGUAGUAUCCUAUGCGGCACCAACGAUGCUGCCACAUACAGUAUCUGCAAUCCCGUAUGUUCCAUCUUCCGUUGUUUCGGAAACCACAGCUGUAUCCGAGAGUAGCUCCAAAAGUGUGUCCGUAACUGAAUCUGUGGCGCCCGCUCCCGUUGUAGAAACAAUUCCCGAAGUCGUCGAUUGCGGACCGGCACCCGUAGUAGUUUCUGAACCCGCAGUGGAGAGCUCUGUAAUGACUACCGCUUCCGCGUCCACAGUCACAUCCUCUUCAGCCUCGAACGUCGCUGCGAUUCAGCAGCAUCCAUCCGGUUUGUAUCCGAACGUCGUAUCCGCUGUCGCACCUGUCGCACCUAUCGUUAGCGCGUCCGCCUCCAGCAACGCGAUUGUCUCUACGACCGACCAUCUGACUAAACCGCUUCCAUUCGCUGGAUACGGUCUAAACUAUCCUGGACUCUCUCUGGCCCGACCAGGAUAUUACUCGCCCCUGUCGUUUUCACGCGCCUUAGCGUCGGCCGUGGCAGCCUCCAAAACUGUCUCGACAACUAGCAGUACGACCAGUGUCAUUUCCCGACGAGACUUUAGCUUCGUUCUGCCCAGAGAAAAGAUCGUCAACGUCUUAGGUAGCGACUGCAUACUGCCAGGAGACACUGUAAGCGUCACUUUGAAAAACAAGGCUGUCUUGUAUGGUAGCGUGCUGGACGCUAGCAGUCCGAUCACAUUCAGCUUCUUGAGACCAAAGCUGUAUAAUCCUCUUCUGCGCAGCGGCGCUCGAGUCUGGAACGUCCUGCAUAGCGAUUUCACGGACCCUGAAUGUGUCGAAAUAUUCAAUGAUCCGGCGCUUUUAAACAUCUAUUAGAUUUUAGAUACUGUGUGCGCGCAGUAUCUUGCAACUAGUCUUAGAUCAUUAUCGACUAUCAACUGUAUCAACAUGUAUUAAAUAAUUGUAAUCCGGUCGAUUGCAAAAAUAAAGAUCUGUCCUCUAAA